CCACCGUUUCAGUCGGCUAUGUGAUUGGUUGAUUAUCAUGAUCCCUUUUCUCUCUCUAUCUCUCUCUCUUCUUCAUCAAUCAUUUCUCUUUUACUUGUUAAUCCCUAGAUAGAUGUACCUGUUACGCCGGAAUUUCUUCAAUCGGCCGGAAUCCGGUGACCGGAAUCUCAUCUUCUAAAGCUUCUUGACAUGCCGCCGCCAAUGCCAGUACCUCCUGCGCCGACUACUUCAAUCCGAUCCAAUUCGGUAACACAUCGUCGUUCUUCUUCUAGUUUUCAUUCUGUUAAUGACAAUGAUGGAUGUAGUAACAAUAAUGGAAACAAUGAUCAUCAUCGUCCAUUGAUUAAUCGAUCAUUGACGUCUUCGUUGGAAUCGCUUUCGCGGUUUCCUUCUGUUCGUGACCAUUGCGAGGUUAAGAUUAAUGAUAUUGUUGGGAAUGGAAUCUCUGGAAUUCUUUAUAAAUGGGUGAACUAUGGACGUGGAUGGCGUCCUAGAUGGUUUGUUCUUCAAGAUGGUGUGCUUUCUUAUUAUAAGAUCCAUGGUCCUAAUAAGAUCGUGAUUAAUAGAGAUACUGAGAAAGGAUGUAAAAUCAUUGGUGAAGAAUCUAUUCGUCGUGUUCGUCGAAUGAAGAUCAGUCAUUCUCGUUCUUCUCAACAGCGAAAGCCGUGUGGCGAGAUCCACUUAAAGGUUUCUUCGAUUCGAAAGAGUCGAUCUGAUGACAAGAAGUUCUCAGUGUUCACCGGGACGAAGAGGAUGCAUUUGAGGGGGGAGACGACAGAUGAUAGAGAGACGUGGAUGGUUGCGUUGCAGGCGGUGAAGGAUAUGUUUCCUAGGGUUUCAAACAGCGAGCUUAUGGCUCAGGCGGAUAAUGUAACCCUUUCGACUGAGAAAUUAAGGCAGAGGCUAUUGGAGGAAGGGGUUAGAGAUGCUGCUAUUCAAGAUAGUGAGUAUAUUAUGAAGAAGGAAUUCUCAUCAUUGCAUAAUCAUCUUCUACUUCUUAAACAAAAGCAGCUGCUUUUGAUUGAUACAAUGCGACAAUUAGAGUCUGAAAAGGUUGAUUUGGAGAACACAGUUGUUGAUGAAAGCCAAAAGCAUUUUCAAGAAACUUCAUCAAGAUUUCCUCAAGAGAAUGGAAGUGAGGGAACUGCAAGUGAUUCGGAUGCUGAUAACGACAGACAUGACAAUGUUGACACUGACGACGAAGACAAUAUAUAUUUCGAUACUAAGGAUGUUCUUUCAACGAGUUGUAACGGAUCUGAUUAUCAAGGAUCUUCAUCAGAUUCCGAUUAUGAAGAAGACGAAGAAGAUGCACAUCACCCUGGGAAUAGGAUACACACAUCUUCCAUUAAACGAAGGAAGAAAUUGCCAGAUCCGGUUGAGAAGGAGACUGGAGUUAGCUUAUGGGCUAUGAUCAAAGAUAAUAUUGGGAAGGAUCUAACAAAAGUCUGUCUUCCUGUUUACUUCAAUGAACCCAUCUCCUCUUUGCAGAAAUGUUUCGAAGAUCUCGAAUACUCUUACCUACUUGAUCGAGCAUAUGAAUAUGGUAAAAAGGGAAAUAGUCUUAUGAGGAUCCUUAAUGUAGCAGCAUUUGCUGUGUCAGGAUACUCUUCUACUGUUGGGAGAAACUGCAAGCCUUUUAAUCCUUUGUUGGGAGAGACUUAUGAAGCUGAUUACCCUGAUAAGGGUGUCCGGUUCAUCUCUGAAAAGGUUAGUCAUCAUCCAAUGGUUGUAGCAUGCCACUGCGAUGGCCGAGGAUGGAAGUUUUGGGGAGACAGUAAUUUGAAGAGUAAAUUUUGGGGUCGUUCGAUUCAGCUUGAUCCGGUUGGAGUUUUGACACUUAAGUUUGAUGAUGGCGAAACUUUUCAGUGGAGCAAGGUAACGACGUCCAUUUACAAUCUGAUAUUGGGAAAGCUUUAUUGUGAUCAUUAUGGUACGAUGACCCUCGAGGGUAACCGCGAUUACUCGUGCAAACUAAAGUUUAAGGAGCAGUCACUCAUCGAUCGAAAUCCUCACCAGGUGCAAGGCGUCGUACUUGAUAAGGCUGGUAAGUCGGCUGCAACGUUGAUUGGAAAAUGGGACGAGAGUAUGCAUUAUGUAAUGGGAGAGAGUUCGGGUAAGGGAAAAGGAAUAGAUGCUUCUGAGGCACAAACUCUUUGGAAACGAAGCAAGCCUUCGAAAUUUCCUACCCGAUACAACUUGACAAGCUUUGCCAUCGGCGUGAACGAGCUUACCCCUGGUUUGAAGGAGAAGUUGCCACCAACAGACUCGAGACUAAGACCGGAUCAAAGAUGUCUAGAGAACGGAGAAUACACUAUGGCAAACACAGAAAAGCUUCGAUUGGAGCAGAGGCAGCGCCAGGCUCGGAAGAUGCAAGAAACAGGGUGGAAACCGAGUUGGUUUUCGAAAGAGAAAGGAAGUAAUACGUAUUGUUAUAACGGGGGAUAUUGGGAGGCGAGGGAAUCGGGAAAUUGGGAAGGUUGUCCUGAUAUUUUUUGCCAAGUACCUGCUGAUUCUUCUUGAAAAAAACCUUUUCAAAAGAGGUAAUUCUUUUUGUUUUGUUUUGAUUUGUUUUGUUUUAUUUCCAUUCAUUUGUGAACAUAAUAGAGGUGGUGGUAUAUAGAUAGAUCUAAACCCUCUUUUUCCAUAUGCAGUAAAAUCCAUUGAGAUCUUGAUUCUACUAGAAAUUAUAUAUAUAUUUUUUGACAUUUUCUUGAUCUUUAAUAAAUGAUAUGAAAAUUUCUCUUUAUUCUU